AUCUGUCAUACAAAUACCAAAAUAACUUUUGCCAAGAUACUUGUAGGCAGAUAAUUCCAGAGGAAAUACGACGAAUUCUGUAUAAAAUUUCGCAGUUUGUGUUUACAAAUUAUUAUGAUAGCACGUCCGUGGACUGAUGAUCUACCAAAAUGCAGGAAUACUUGCGUCGCGUCAUAUUUUUCGCGACUGGGAGGAAGUUUGAACAACACAGAUGACUAUCUGUGUUUUUAUUGCCAAACUGAAGACAAUUUCUGCCUGUAUGGAGUAUUUGAGCCGCACAAUGGGCUGGAGGCAGCUCGGUUCAUCAUGCAGAGAAUGGCUGCGGAGAUCCUGUUCCCGCCCCCCUCUGCAGACCAGCACAACCUCAUGGCCACCACAAUAAUAUACAGUGAUGAAGAAAUAAGAGAUAGGCUGAGAAAUGCAUUUGUGUCAGUUGAGAAAGCAUACAUAGAGAACUAUGAUGGCAUGAUAGCAGAGAGAACCAGUCUCCAAUAUCAACUGCAGACUUUAAACGAAGCACAAAACCGAGACACAAUACUGGCUCGUUUGAAGGAGAUAGACCAGCAUUUGUCCGGAGGUGCCACGGUGGUCAUCGCUCUGGUUCACAAUAACAAAUUAUUUGUCGCCAAUGUUGGUGAGACUCGAGCACUGUUGUGUAGGACGGAUGACAACUCAGUAUUAAGAGUGGUGCAGUUGACGGUAGACCACAGUCUCAACAAUGAGGAUGAGCUGCUCAGGCUGUCGCAACUUGGCCUGGACGUCAAUAAGUUGAGGAAUGCGCAAUACCUAGGCAAUCAGACAGGUACUAGAUGCCUGGGCAACUAUCUAGUCAAAGGGCUUUACAAGGCAUUUCCUAACAUAAGCGCGGCCGCCUCCGAGCCAGUAGUGGCAGCCCCCGAGAUACAUGGACCUAUCACACUCGAUGAAAGUUGCAGAUUCCUCGUGUUAGUCAGCGCUGGUGUGUUCAAACGAAUCCAAGAGACGAAAGGCAGCAGUGAACAAACCAACAAAGAGCUCGCGCAGAUCAUAGUAGAGAACUUUAGGAAGCAAACCGACUUCAGAAGAGUCAGUCAGUCAGUCCUUGAGGAGAUUGAAGAAGAAUUCGUCUCCUACUGCGUCAAAAACAGCCUUACACCGAAAUCGAAUACCCACGUGUCUCUGCUAAUAAGGAAUUUCAAUUUCCUCCCACCAGCCGAAGAUACUAACCCGAUACCAAAAAAUCCGUCAGUCCGCUUCAAUCCGAUAGUUCAGUCCAAAUCAAACACCUUACUGAAUGAGAUCGAUUCGGAAGUUUAUUCAUCAGGAACGAAUGAGGGAACGAAUGAUUCAAUGGCGGAUACGAAUCGUUCGAUGGAGUCGUCGUCGGAUAUUUAUCCGAGCGGUCGUUUGUACGAGAAAGAUAAGAAGAUAAAGGGUUAUGUGGAUUUUUCUUGUUAUUAUGAGAAUGUGGCGAAAGCGCGUAGGAAUGGUAACUUGCCGGAUUUUAUUAAAUAACUAAAUUUUCUCGCGGCUUCGCCCGCGUAAAAGAAUUUUCCGGGAUAAAAAUCCCGUUUUAUAUUUUCUCGGAAUAGAGAGCAGCAUACGUCCUUUCCAGGGACUCAAACUAUCUCCAUACCAAAUUUCAUCGAAAUUCGAUGAUAGUUAUUGAGUUUAUUGCAUUCAGACAGAUGCGGUGGGGGACUUUGUUUUAAAAUAUAUAUUUUUAAACUUUUUGUGAGGAUUAGUUCCGUAAAAAUAAAAUAAAGUAUGUAUACGUUUGGUCCGUUUGUGUAACAUUUUUCAUUGAUGCUCCGCUCCUAUUGGUCAUAGCGUGAUAUUAUAUAACCUAUAGGCUUCCUUGAUAAAUGGGGUAUCCAACACUAAAAGAAUUUUUAAUCCCACCCAUUAAUUCCUGAGAUUAACGCGUUCAAACAAAGAAACUGUUCAGCUUUAUAUAAUUGUAUAGAUUUUGUUUAAGUCGGUCUGGAAUUCUAGUACUAAUAUAUUACCAGAGCAUAAAGGAGGCUACUUCUACGAAACAAAAUUCUUUAAAUAUAAAAAAAAAGUCAGUCAAUGUUUUUCCGCUUCAUAUAAAGUAUUUCUGAAUGUAAUUAAAGAUUCGAUGUAUUAAUUUCCAUCACCAUUUAAUGGACACACCACUAAAAAAUUUUGGGAAAUAAAUAAACUUUGAACAUAAAGUGGUACUUAUAAUCAUAAAACUUGUGAAAAUUUUAAUGUUUCCAGUUAAUAUUUUUUUAUUUUGUAGAUAUUUUUGUGAAUAAAUUGAUUGCAAAAUAAUGCAUAAGAUGGAACCUUAGUUAACAAAGUAAGUCAAACUACAUGAAGGGUUUUGAGUAAAAUGCUUUUAAUCUUAUUAUUUUAUUAAUGUUUCUGAGUAAAAGAGUUUUCCGGGGCAAACUAGUCACUACAAAUGCUAAGCGCCAUAAAUUAAUGCACUUUAAAAAGUAUUAAUACUGGACUCGCGAGGCACUCUCACUCCAAUAUAAGGCACUUUGUAAUUUAUUACUGAAACACUCAUGUUCAACUUACCGCCAUUUUCAAUAAACGAUCCCAAUCGUCUUUUUUUGAUCUAUAUCCAAAAUUGACCAAUCAGAACAAAGAUUUUUUGACACGAUUGCAUACGAGUCAUUGAUUGGUUCAUUCUCGGAAUCGGAUUAAAGAUUGAGAUUAGGUACGUUUUAGAAAACUUUUCCAUAAUUUUACUCCAAAUAUAACGAUCACAUAACUGCUAUGCUACGACGCAAUGCCAAAAUAUGGUGAUUUAUUAAUGUAUUAGCCUAUUUGGUCUCCUCAUUAAAGGGAGUCUACUGGCCAUCUUAAUUCUAAAUAACAGGGUUCAUUAAUGCCUUAUAAGUGUUGUAAAAUAAAUGUACUAUGUAUUGUUAAUAAAUGGUUUAAUAAA